AUGAAAUUGCUCGAGAGUACACGUUUCGAAGCUAUAAACAGUGCCUUGUCCAUCAAGACUGGAGACAGCAAAAUAAUAGGCAGGUAAGACGUUCGGAAUGAUAUUUAUUGGAUCCAUAUUAUCCUCUAGAAUAAUCUCAAACAUUAUUUGUUCCUUGAUCUGCAGAAUAGAGAGCUACUCUUGCAAAAUGGCUGGAAAUGAUAAACAAUUGUACAAACGUUUCAAUGCAGAACAAGGUUUUACUCCGCAUGAUCUUCAAGCUUUAUCACCACCACAAACAUCUUUAGGAACAUCGCCUGCUCAAGGCCGCAGUGUUUCUGGUGAUGAAGAUGGUCCACUGUGCGAUACAAUCAGUAGAAAAACAUUGUUCUAUUUGAUUGCCACUUUGAAUUCAGCUUUUCAUCCAGAUUAUGAUUUCUCUGAUGCUAAGAGUCACGAAUUCAGUAAAGAACCAAGCUUGCAAUGGGUCAUGAAUGCUGUAGACAGUAAUUUGAGUGCAACCGCAGGAGAUCAUUAUCGUACUCUUCGAACGGCACUUUGGGCUGCCAUUGAUCAUGAAAUAUCAUUAAAUGAAUGUGAUAUUUAUAGUUACAAUCCAGACUUUGCAUCUGAUCCAUUUGGAGAAGAUGGAUGCUUAUGGUCUUUUAAUUAUUUCUUCUAUAACAAGAAGUUGAAACGCAUUGUGUUUUUCCCAUGCAGAGCAAUAAAGUAAGUAUAUCCAUUCUUCAAUUUAACCAUUGUUCAGUUAGAUUUACUAUCAUUCAUUUUUAUGUUUACAGUCCUCUCUACGUGUUAGAUUCUGGUGUUGGCAGUGACUUUGCCAUGGAUGAAGAUGAAGACAGAUACUAA